CCCGCCUCCUCGUGCGGGUCUCGCGCAGGGUGGGCGGGGCCUGGGCUCGCGCCGGCAACAUGGCGGAGGCUGAGGGGGAGAGCCUGGAGUCGUGGCUGAAUAAAGCCACCAACCCAUCUAACAGGCAAGAAGACUGGGAAUACAUCAUUGGAUUCUGUGACCAGAUCAACAAAGAACUUGAAGGGCCACAGAUUGCUGUGAGACUCCUGGCUCAUAAAAUCCAAUCUCCACAGGAAUGGGAGGCAGUCCAAGCCUUGACAGUGCUGGAAGCUUGCAUGAAGAACUGUGGGAGAAGAUUUCAUAAUGAAGUUGGGAAGUUCCGCUUUUUAAACGAGUUAAUAAAAGUUGUGUCUCCAAAGUACCUGGGAGACCGAGUCUCAGAGAAGGUGAAGUCCAAAGUAAUUGAAUUGCUGUACAGCUGGACAGUGGCACUGCCAGAGGAAUCCAAAAUCAAGGAUGCCUAUUACAUGCUGAAGAGACAAGGGAUUGUCAUGUUUGAUCCCGUGAUUCCUGCAGACAGAACCCUGAUUCCUUCUCCACCACCUCGUCCCAAAAACCCUGUGUUUGAUGAUGAGGAGAAAUCCAAGCUUCUAGCCAAACUGUUGAAAAGCAAAAACCCAGAUGAUUUACAAGAGGCCAACAAGCUUAUAAAAUCCAUGGUAAAAGAGGACGAGGCUCGGAUUCAGAAGGUGACGAAGCGCAUGCACACCCUGGAGGAGGUGAACAACAACGUGAAGCUGCUGAAUGAGAUGUUGGUUCAUUACAGCAAAGAGGACUCGUCAGAGGCCGACAGGGAGCUCAUGAAGGAGCUCUACGAAAGGUGUGAAACCAAAAGGCGGACGCUGUUCAAGCUGGCCAGUGAGACAGAGGACAAUGACAGCAGUUUGGGGGAUAUUCUGCAGGCCAGUGACAAUUUAUCCCGUGUGAUAAAUUCCUAUAAAAAAAUAAUAGAGGGGCAAGUGAUCAAUGGUGAAGUGGAUCUGCCUGGGAUGUCUGCAGUGGAAGGGAGUAACUCCACAAACAAUCUCAACACCCUCAUCGACCUCGCUGGACUGGACGUCAGCAGCACCCCGGCACCUCCAAUGCCUCCCAGCACCCUGAGUGCAGCCCCCAGCACAGCCCCAGCCCCGGCUGAAAUCCCCAUCCUCCCCCCUCCUCCCCAGACGCUGGCACCGCUGCGGAGCAGCUCCUCCAGCCACGUGGAAGCAGCGCCCGCUCAGCAGGGCAGCACAGCCAACUCCCUCUCCUUGCUGGAUGAGGAGCUCCUGUGCUUGGGCCUGAAUGACCCAGCCCCUGCAGCAGGGAAGGACACCUUGGAAAACAACCAGUGGAGUAUGUUUGAGAAUGACCAGCUGGACCUGGAUUUCUUCAAUCCGAAGGCGGUGACUGUUGCUUGCAACCCUGCAGGGAACCCCCUUCUCCACCACACACCACAGACCACGUGUGGGACAUCAGCCACGCUGCCUUCUGCUUUCCCAGCCUCCCAGCCUGCUCCCAGCAUCCCAGCACCCAACUCAGCACCAUUUGUGUUCUCUGCUGGACCAGCUGCCCCUGCCGGGCCUCCCAAGACUAUUCCAGCUGCUCCUGGGUACUUCAGCUCCUCUGUGGGCAGCAGUAUGUCACACAAGAUGGAUGCACUGGGACAACUCCUUGAUGAAGCCAAAGGGACUGCCACCCAAGGCAUGGCGACACCUUCAGUGUUCCCAGGGGUUACUUUGCCAACCACUGUCACCUCUGCCCCGUUAGCAGCACCGGCAGGGCUGCCAGCCACUGCCCCUGGAGCCCCUCCAGCUCCCUUUCCAAGCAGCUGCACUGCUGGAUCAGGAAGUCCUCUCUUCCAGCCGGCAUCGUUCCAGCAGCAAGGCAGUCCCAUGAAAGCGCCUGAAAUUUCUUUGGCCAAUGUCCACGUUCCCUUGGAAUCCAUUAAACCCAGCAGUGCCCUGCCGGUGACAGCCUACGACAAGAACGGGUUCCGGAUCCUCCUGCACUUUGCCAGGGAGUGCCCCCCGGGCCGGUCGGACGUGCUGGUGGUGGUGGUGUCGAUGCUGAACACGGCCCCACUCCCCGUCAAGAACAUCGUGCUGCAGGCAGCUGUGCCCAAGUCCAUGAAAGUGAAGCUACAGCCACCCUCUGGCACUGAGCUGUCUCCAUUCAAUCCCAUCCAGCCACCUGCUGCCAUCACCCAGGUCAUGCUUCUGGCAAAUCCUGCAAAGGAGAAGGUGAGGCUGAGGUACAGACUGACCUUCACCCUGGGGGACCAGCCCAGCACAGAAGUGGGCGAAGUGGAUCAGUUUCCCCCGGUAGAGCAGUGGGGGAAUCUAUGACCUCAGGACACUGCCAGAGACUGUGACAGGACCAGGGCAGGAUCCCACAGGACUGGAACGGAUGUGCCGUGGGGAGGGACACACAUGCUAUCCACUGGUGAUGUUCAGCUUUGUUUACAUGUCCUGACCACUCUGCUUGUAGCUUUAGUCCAGAAUGUCGUGCCCCACCUUGAAGGGGCCCUGGAACAUUUAUGCCAAGCAUGAACUGAGCGGCAGCUGGCGACGGGCAGUGCUGGCUGCUUUUAUCAUGACCUCUGGGUGAAUCUGGUUCUAUCUUCCACUCUAUUAAACUUGAAGUUAUCGUAA